UAGUUAUGAUAUAGUUCGAAUAUAUUUAUUCGAAUAUAUUUUUUCGAACUAAAAAAAAUCAAACUGUAAGACCAACACAACUACGCGAUGAGUUUGAGUAAACUUUUUGCUGGUAGGAAGAGGAAUAGUUCAGUAUGGAAAUGGUUUAAAUACGAUGUGUCAUCCGACAAAUCAGUAUGUUUAGUUUUACUUGAUGGUGAAAAAGUAUGCAAUACAAAGUUGUGUGGAAAGAACCCAACAAAUCUUAAACUACAUUUAGCAAGAAACCAUAAGUCUGUACACGUUGAGCUGGAAGAGUCGGAAUUAAAGAAAUUAAGUGAAAAAAAGCAAACAGGGAUAAAGAGAAAAGCAGUGGAUGAAAAUGGACCCACUCUUUUAGAAUCGUCCUCAAAUCAGAACCAGACCUUGAUUCAAUGCAUUAAUCGUAGGAAUACCGCAUGGCCUAUUAAUUCACACGAGCAUAAAAUUCGACUAAACUUUCUUAUUCAAAUGAUAAUUGCAACAUGUAAUCCAGUGACAUUGGUGGAUAAUGCGAGUUUUAGAAAGUUAGUUAAUACCUUGGAUUAUAAAUUUUCAUUGCCUGCUUCUGCCAAAAUUACUAGCCUACUUAAUGAAGAGUUUACUGUUUUAACGAGAAAACUUCGUGACUUCAUAUCUGAAGGCAGGCGCUUCACAAUAUGCCUUGAUGGCUGGACUAAAAAAGGUCUUAUUGCGUCCUUUUUAGGAAUUUCGGUUUGUUUUUUUCACUUCAAAUCCGAAAAACCAAUACAUGCUCUGCUUAAUUUGUGUCUUGUGAAACAUCCACAUACAGGUGAACAAAUUGCUAUUUGUUUUGAAAAUGCCUAA